AUGUCCUCUACACCAGACUUGCCGCGUCUCUUGUCGGCUGACCAAGUCGUUCCCACCAUGAGAGUCUCCAUCGCCAUGGUCAAGGCAGCGCAGGACCGCGUAGUUGGCUCGGUCAAGCUCACAGACGCUUGCUUCGACAGCGUGAUGCUACCGUGGGCCAUGGCCGAGAACCAAGCGCAAACUGUCCAAGGUAUAAUCGAGUUGUUAAAGUACGCGUCUCCAGACCCAGCCGUCCACGACGCAGUGGCCGCCGCCACGACGCUGGAAGAAGAAGCCGAGGCUGGCUGGUUGCGGCGAGCCGACCUGUUCAAACUCGUCAAGGCUACCUCCGAGAAAAAUGAAACGCUGGACGAGGAGUCUCGCCACUAUCUCAGAGACAAAUUGCAAAGAUUUGUCGAUGCCGGCCACGGGUCUCUUGGUGACGAUGGGAUCAAACGCUUUCUCGAGAUCAACAAUCGCAUCGAAGAGGUGACCAAGGCGUACAAUAAAACCCUGAUUGAAGAGCGACCAGGCGCUUGGUACUCCGAGAAAGAUGAGCUUCAAGGUCUAUCGGCACACGAAUUGAGUGGAUGGAAAGCCGGCCAAGGAGAGCAACAAGGACUUCUCUACGGCCCUCCCGCCAACAGCGGGCUCAAAGUGCUACAAUAUCUCGACAACCCAACCACUCGUCGCAAAAUGUACCUGCAAAAUCGAAAGGGCCUGGCUGAAAAUGCCAAGAUUUUCCACGAAAUUGUAGUCCUGCGUGACGAGAGGGCUAGGCUCAUCGGUUACGACAACCACGCCGCCAUGCGCAUUAAGACCCGAGCUAUACGGUCUCUCGAACAAGUUGAGAGCUUUUUGGGCGAGUUGGAGAAGACUAUCAUUCCAAAGGGGGUGGAAGAAAUGGCCCAGCUUCAGUCGAUACGAAGAGAAGAUUGCAAAAGAUGGGGAGUGUGGGAGGAAGGUGACGACAAGGGUCUCCCUCCGUGGGAUAUGGCAUACUAUGAAACGCAGCAAAUGAAGGCUGCCGGCGUGAGUGACGCCAACGUCGCUCCUUUUUUCCCGCUUGAUACAACAAUCAGUAAGAUGCUAAAACUGUUUGAGUCCUAUCUGAGCUUGCAAUUCAAGAAGAUACCAGACGCGCGGCUCGACGAGUCCACCCUUUGGCACCCGACCGUCCAGGCGUGGGAAACGUACAGAGACGGAAGCUUCGUGGGAUUUCUAUAUCUAGAUCUCCUUGCGCGCGAUCACAAAUACAAAGGAUCUCAAUGCGUCAAUAUUCAUUGCGGCUACGAGAAGCAGGACGGCUCUAGACAACUACCCGCAACCGUGCUGAUGUGUAGCUUUCCAGCGCCAACAGAAUCCAGCUGUGCGCAACUUCGUCACGGAGAGGUUGUCACAUUAUUCCACGAACUCGGCCACGGCAUCCACGAUCUUGUGGCGCGAACCAAAUAUGCUCACUUUCACGGCUACCACCUGCCGGUGGACAUUGGUGAAAUGCCGAGCACACUGCUGGAGAAUUGGUGUUGGACAAAAGAUGUCCUGCGGCAUUUGAGCUGUCACUACACCAAGCUGGAUUCAAAAUAUCUGCAGCAGUGGAGACAAGACAAUGCAAACUCCCCUGAUCCGGCCGAGAAGAUCGAUGAGGACACUCUCGAUAAGAUUAUCAAGAUCCGAAACAUUCAUCGUGCUAUCUCGGUGUUUGAUCUCAAAAUACACGCUGCCAAGUCCCACGAAGAGGCACAGUCGCUCAACUUGUCCAAACUAUGGUAUGACUGCCGUGAGCGGUACGAAGGAUUGGACUGUUCCGAAGCGAGACAAUCCGAGCACGAGCACGCUUCGUUUGGGCAUCUGCUAAACGGCUAUGACGUCGGCUACUAUGGCUAUCUCGCCUGUGCCGCGUUUGCCAAGGACGCCUUUUACUCGCAGUUCGUCGACGACAUCAGCAACAAGCAAACAUGGGGACGGUUCGAACAGUAUGUGCUGAGGCCAGGCGGCAGCCUCGAUAAUCAGCUACAGAUGGUCGACGACUUCCUUGGCCGUCAGCCCAACUUUAGUGCCUUGGCAGAAAGCCUUUUUCUUAUUCUCGAAAUGGUCAAGUAG